AAAACUGAUAUCAAAAUAAGAUAGAGCUCAUCGAAACAAGAAUUUUGAUACCAAUUUCAAAAAGUUUGGCCCAAGAUUGGGCCGGAUGGGCCGAACUGGUUGAACCGGACCCAAAAUGGGCCCAAGGCCCAACCGAACCCAAUCCAUUAAAGAGGCACAGCUUCUUAUUUCCCUUCUUCUUUAUUAUUCACGCUGGGAAACAUUUCUUAGGGGGAAGAAGAACACAAGCAAAAACCUAACCCUCACUUUAAUUUCAAAUCCAUGUAACUUUUGAUCCGGAGCUCCGAUUGACGAACCGUUUGCGACCACGCGUUCACCGCGACGAGCUCUACGAAACCCAUGAAACAAUUUGGUUCAAGUCAGCUUCCGGAACUUGUGGGCUCAAGCUAUUGAGCAUAUGGGUAUGGUGUAGAUUAAGUGGGUAUAUAUGCAUUGGGAAUAUUUAGAGGCUUGUUGGUGAUCAAAGCUUAGUGUGUGGCUAUUUUACUUGAGCUUGAAGAGGCUGUAAUUUUGUGUUGAGAAGCUGCCUUGGGUGAAUUAAGUGAUCGGCCAAGAUGCAGGUCGAGAGGCUCCUCGCUAGGCGUCUGGAUUCUGGAAAGCAAAGUAGUUCUUGGGUGUAUUUUGGUUUCUAUUUGUAUAUAUGUAUAUAUAUGUGUAGCUUACUCUCCAAGUAACUUAUGUAUGCUGCUCCUCUUAGAGGUUGAGGGAGAGAUAGGAGUUUACUUUGGUAUUUUGGUAUAUUUUGGGGACACUUAUGUAUGUUUAUAUGUAUAUAUAUAUCCUCCGGCCAGCCUUAACUUCGCAGGCUGAGUCAGAGGCUAGUUAUGCUGUUCCUUGGCUUUUCUUUAUUCCUUCGUUUAUUGUUUUAUCAUGUUCCUAUUAGGUUGCUUAGCACGCAAGUAAUCCUAUUCCUUGAGCGUUGCGCUUUUUAUUUUGCGAUUCUUGUUUACCCACUUUGUUUCAAGGCUCCUAGUAUAUUAUUUCUUUCAGUAUUAUAUGUAUAUCAUUACUCUUAGAGGUCUGUAAUACCACACUACCUCUGUUCUAUGACUUAAGCGUAAACACUGUGUAGUAGGGUGUUAAAUUAUGGUAUCAGAGCAGUUCGUUCCUAUAGAGCCUGAGGGACGGACUGAUUAUGCCUCUGGGCAUACUCUGGAUGUCUAUACAUGCUAUUUAGGGUAUCUAACUGAUAUACGAGGCAUGAAUGCUCAUGAGCAUGCAUUUGGGACUUUGAAAUACUAAACUAGAGAUAUUGAGACUGAUCACCUUGAUAUCACUUGUUUGGAGUGAACAGGAACCAAAUGGCAUCUCGUAGGCGCCGUCGUGAGCGUAAGCAAGGUCGAGGACGGAGAGCUGAUGAGGUGACUAUACCGGUAGGUAGUUUAACCGAUAUCGUGACCGCAAUGACGAGUGUUGUUGCUGCCGUUGGCGCCGUUGCUGCUGCGACCAUCCGAGUGAUGGAUGGGAUGGAAUCACAAGCUGGAACUGGCAACGAUGGUGAUAGUGAAUAUGAAGGUGGACAUAAUGUUCCGAAUACAUGGGUGCCAGCAGGUUAUCCGGAGCAAGUUAACACGGGUCAAACAACGGGAGAAAGCUCAAGGAGAACUGAGGUAGCAAGGAAUAAUCGCCAGGAACCCUUCACAAAGAAAAAGGGAAAAAUUACACCUAGGAGCCAAAAUUUCAAGAAGAAUCAUUUUGUCGCUUCACGUUCUCAGCGCCGGAACAAUGACCGAAGGAACGAUAAUCGUUCGGACCCGAAUUCAGAAGGGCAAACUAGUGCUCAACCGGGUGACUUAAGGUGCUCAAGUUGCAAGAGGUACCAUCCAAACAGACCAUGCAGGGCCGGAUUAGGCAUAUGUUACAAGUGCGGGAGGCCAGGGCAUAUGUCUUGGAAUUGUUCGUACAGAGGAAGCCGGGAUGCAACCGAACCCGAUUUUCAAACCCGAGGUAAUUAUGAACCAACAGUUGAAUUCUUAAUUUCCUUGCCUACCAUUGAUAUGUAAUGUUCCUUCGUGACG